AUGUCUUACCAGCAGGAGCGCUUUAUCGCCGAACUCGCAGUCCAGCGAGCAACUCUUCUCACUCAGAAGGUGUUCAACGAGAAAGCCAAGGGCACCGUAUCCAAGGAUGACAAGUCGCCCGUCACCGUUGGCGACUUCGGAGCCCAGGCCUUGAUCAUCCAGGCUAUUCGCAAAAACUUCCCCAAUGACGAGAUUGUCGCGGAAGAAGAGGCCAGUUCUCUCCGUGAAGACAAGGCGCUGAGCGCGGAGAUUUGGAGAUUGGCUCAGGACAUCAAGCUGGAGGAUAGCAAAAGCGACAGCCUCCUAGGAGGACCGUUACCAAGCAAGAGCGUGGGCGGCGCAAAGGGCCGUGUCUGGGCUCUGGACCCCAUUGACGGUACCAAAGGAUUUCUGCGUGGCGGUCAAUAUGCUGUGUGUCUUGGGUUGAUCGAGGAUGGAGAUGUCAAGGUGGGAGUGAUUGGCUGCCCGAAUCUACCUGUGGACAACUCAGCCACCAUGUCUACUUCAAUUGGUGUUGAUCAGACUAGCGACGCUGGUAAUGGCGUUCUCUUCUCCGCCAUCAAGGGUGCAGGAGCCAUCAGCCGUUCUCUAUCAAACGGUGCUCUUGCUGAGAGCAAGUCGAUUUCUAUGGGUCCAGUCCCCAACAUUUCCCAGGCCGUAUUUUGCGAGGGUGUUGAGGCUGGCCAUUCCGCCCAGGACGACAAUGCUGCUGUCGCUCAGAGCCUGGGGAUCACCUCACCAAGCGUGCGACUGGAUUCUCAAGCCAAGUACUGCUCCAUUGCCAGAGGAGCAGGUGAUAUUUAUCUGCGACUACCGGUGAGGAAAGACUACCAGGAAAAGAUUUGGGAUCAUGCUGCUGGGGAUUUAAUUGUGCGUGAGGCUGGCGGUCAAGUGACCGAUAUCUACGGUCAGAGAUUGGACUUCAGCAAGGGUCGUACUUUGGCUGUCAACAAGGGUGUUGUUGCUGCCCCCGCGGUGAUCCAAGACCAAGUUAUCGACGCUGUGAAGCUCGUCCUGAAGCUAUAG